AUGCCUCUCUCUCCCCUGCAGAAACAGGGGUAUCCUGCUUCUAUUCUCUUUGAAUCUCGCAAAGGUGGUACACAACGAGUGGUGAUGCUUCCUAUUGAUUUUGGCACCUCCGCUCUUGGUAUAGCGCAGCAGUUGGAGAAACAUAGCGGUAUUGAUGUUAAACACAUGCAAGUAUUGCAGAAGCAUAUCUACACUGGGGAAGUAAUCUGUGCUGAUAGUCAACAUAAUUGUGGAAGUAGCGACAAUACCUUUAUUCCCCAUGGUGUAGGUACUUUAGUCUAUCUUUUGUAUGCUAAACCUGUUGGAAAAGGUGGUACCACUGUUGCAGGUUUACCUCAUACCAUUGUAACUGAGUCUUUUGGUGAAGUAGAAGAAUUGCGUGGAUCUAUUCUGCUUGGAUUUACAAUGUAUAAGGGAACCUUUCGCUUUGGACGACGUCAUGGUAGUGGAAAACUUACUGUGUAUCCACGUUAUAGAAUUAGUUGUACCUGGAAUGAUGAUGCCCCUGUAUUGGAUUGUACACAUUGUGUACUGGAGUACCUUGUCAAGACGAAUAGUACAACAACCUCACUUGGGAAUUCAUCCACUAUAGGUGAAAAAAAACUUCGUAGUAAUAUGAAAAGUAGUAAAAGUUCAUUAGACUAUUUUACAGCACAUGUUUCCAGUCAAUAUCUUGGUAUGACUUCUCUUAUAUCAUCUGGAGUAACACCAAAUCGUGCCUCAUUUGCAGGUCUUGUAUGGGCAGAACAAGCACGUUUUGUUACUGAUGGUGUGGGUGAAAUGUUAUAUUCGCAUGGUGUUCGUUAUUGUGGUUGUUGGCAAUGUGGACAACGACAUGGAUUUGGUGUGGAGUAUGAUCCUAGUACGAAUACACUUUAUAUGGGUGGUUUCCGCUAUGAUCAUAGAGAAGGACCAGGAACUUUACAUUAUUGUAAUACCGGAGCUAUGUUGUGUGGAAGUUGGAAAGAAGGAAAGUUAAUGGAUACAGCUAAUGCGGUUCUACCCACAUGGCCUUUUGUUUUGCAAGGAGCUCUAUGGAAAAAUUAUGAAAACUGGUCCUUUGAUCAUGGUACACUUCUACGCUCAUGUGGAUCUCUUAGUGGAGUUUGGGAACCAUUGUUUGAGAGUUUUGAUGAGGUACUCGCCUCUGUUGUUCAUACUCAACAAGGUUUUUUGCCUAAUACCACUACAGUUGGUAAAGCAGAAGUAUCAGAGGUAGUAGCUACUUCUCAUUCUGAUAAUGAUAAUAAUUCAACUGAGGAUAAAGAGGAAAAAAAACAGGAUAAUCAGAAUAAUAAUAAUAAUAAUAAUAAUAAUAAUAAUAAUAAUAAUAAAGAUGAUGAUGAUGAUUCUGAUGUAAACCACUUUCUUCCACUGCUCUCUUCCAUGUUGCAGCGUCCUGAGUUUAUGGCAUUAUUAGUACCGUUCCAGCGGUGUUUCUAUUUUCUCUACAAGCCAUGUAAUGGAAUUCGAAAUUAUCGAAAUGAAGAAGAGGAAAAGGAAGAAAUAACAGAAGUAGUAGAGAAAAAUAAGGAAGAGUUAUCUCGUGUACCAUUACAAGAGGGAGUUGAUUUGGUUUCACAGCAAUACUCUGUGAGACUUUCCUCACCACCAACGAGUGGAUUUCCCUCUUCCCGUGCAGGACUGCAGACAUCCUCCUCUGAUGAUAUGAAUAUACCUUGGCAUAACACUCACAGACCACAGCGACACUCUGAAGUGAAGAGUGAAAAGAGUUUACCACCACUUCUUUUGCAAUUGCAGGAAAUUGGUCGUAGUUGGAAUCCUGAAGAGGGAACUGUAGGAGUUCCACAGAGCUCUUGUUGGUCCUGUCCAUCGUGGUGUGAAGAAAUGCGAAUGAGCAAAUUUGGCAGUAAAGGUAAUAAUAAUAAUAAUAAUAAUAAUAAUAAUAAUAAUAAUAAUAGUGAAUGUUUCCACUGUUUCCACACGACGAGUGUGUCAGAGGAACUUUCUAAUCGCAUGUCUGCUGCAAAGUUAUUUGAACGCGCCAUGCAUGAUCUCGCCUCCUUUGUUUCUUCAGUACGAUUGCGGUUACUUUCCUACGUUGCCGCACAUCCGGCAGCUUUUCAUAUUUCUGUAAAUGAAAAAAUUCUUGCGGUUUGCUGGGAUUCUAUAUAUGCCCUUGUAGCUCCUGUUAUCCACGAUCUGGCUGCUGCUGCAGAAAUGGAAGCGAUUACUGCCACAACUCUGGCAUUUCAACGUUGUGCUUCUCUCACACGUGCAGACUUUAUUCCACAAUCUAUAUUAAACGAAAUAGCCAUGAAUGUUAGUAGUGAAAGAAGGGAACGUAUAAUAACAGAGCGUUGUUCUCGUCUCUUCGCAUCACCUGUCCAUCACACUCGUUGUGUUGUCUUGCAGACAACUAAUGGAAACUUAUUGCAGUUUGGAUCUACUGUCAUCAGUAAUAAUAGUACUAAUAGUAAUAGUAAUAUGCAUGAUGUAGGGAUUUACGCAUCUCCAGCAGAAAUGUUUGAAACCUUUGCUGCGGUACAUAAUCAAGCGGUGUCUCUCUUCUCACGUAAAUUUAUUUUGCAGGAACGGUGGAUAAGUAGUACUAUUCUGGCUGCGUUCACCCACGCAGAUGGAUUAGAUCCACGCAAUGCACUAAGUCCAUUAGCUCUACUCCGAAUUCUGAACUUCCUUGCAAGUGAAGUGAAUCCACGUUACCCAUUUUCCUAUGAAAAAAUUGAGAAGAGUCAUUCUGAGGCGUUUACAACAAUUCAACAAGAUUAUUCUUCUUGUGGUGAUGAUAGUUGUAAAAAAAGUCCCAGAAAGAGAAAUUUAACUGGAAAUACAAUAGAAAUGGCAGAUGAUGUUGACUAUGAAUGGAGCUUCUCUAUGGACUCCAUACCUACAGUAUCUACUGAUGUAUCUGAGAUUCUCUUAUUGCUCGCUGCAGUCCACGGGGGUGUGGAGCGCUUGCGGAAUGUGUAUCCAUCUAUUCGGUACAGUAGACCCAUCUCACUUGCAGAGGAUCCUGCUAAUUCCAUAAAGAAUACUAAUAAUAAUAAUAAUAAUAAUAAUAAUAAUAAUAAUAAUAAUAAUAGUAGUAUGAGUAGUGGUAUUGGUAUUAGCAUGGGGAAAAUAAAUAUCGUUUAUCCACUAGAUGAGUUGGAGGUCCGCACACGGUUUGUUCUUCUUGUUGGUGCUGAUUUCGUACGGCAAUAUUUUAAACAUAGAGAUGAUCCAUUAGAAAGUGAUUGUGAUAAUAAGAAUAAUGUAAUUGUGGUGGGAGAAGCGAAUGAAAGUGAAAGUGUAAUGAAGAGAGACUCUCGUGCUCUCUGGGCACUUUUUCUCCCUAUGCAUGUUAUGCAAACCGCGUUAAUGGAUCCUGUGAGAAAGAAUAAGAAGAAAUGGGGUGAAGUCUUUCUAUCACAGCAGGAGAAUCUCUUCAGUGAAAGUACAACACAUUUACAGUAUUUAAGCAUGGCAUCAUCUGAACUCUUACUAUGGAUAGUAGAGUGUAUUUGGGAUGUUUUGGAGUCUCCUUGCUAUUCAAAUACCAUACAUACAUUUUCAACACCAAAGAAGACAACAAGACAUUUACAACAACACAAACAACUCAGUUUAACAUUCUUAGCAUCAUCUCCAAAACAACAACAACAACAACAACACUAUGUGGAUCCAACAGAUACUGAAGGAAGAAUGAUGGGAGAAUCUCAAGAGGAAUCCAAUACUACAGAUCAAAAGAUGGAGGGAACACAAUCUCUUUCGUAUCAAUGGACACAUUUUGUUCCAUUCACCGCCCCUUCCCUUCAACGUGGUUCAACAAUAACACCAACAACAACAACAACAACAACAACUGGAGUAUGCGUACAAGCACCUACACUUCUCACAGAAGGUGAACUUUUGCAGGUUUCAUUGCUGCAACAACUUCUCGCAGAUGUUGGAGUUCAGAUGGAACUCCGCAUGCGAUUUUGUUAUGAUAAUGAGGAGGAUGCCGUAUUGUUGUUUCCCAUGGAAGGACCUUUAUCCUCAACCUCCAGUGGAGAUGCUUCUGGAAUGGAUUUUAGCCCCCGCAAAAGAAGACUACGAACAGCAACAGCAACAACAACAAUAUCAUCAUCAUCAUCAUCAGUAGCAGUAGCCGUAGUAGAGGAAACUCCUAUUACAAGUACAACCGCCCGUUGUGUUGGAAAGGAGGCAAGUCUAUCACUUUAUGUAGAUCCUACUUUUCUUGGAUCUCGUGUGUGGGAAGUACUGGCAGAUGCGUGGAUUAAAGCACUCAUCAUACUUCGUGCUAAAAAUGUUUCGCUUCCACAGCAUGUGAAACGUAAGCCCAUUUGUACUGAUGUAGUGGAAUGCAUGAGUUGA